GCUGGUUCGUGGCUCGCUCGAUCGUCCUCUCUCCCAGCGGCCAUCUCCCACCGUCCGUCUUCCCCUUUCCACAGCAACUCCCUCCCCGCCUCAGGCCCUAAGGGGUGUAUAUUGUUUGCUCUUCUCUGUGCAGCCAACCAUGCCGCCAUCGCCAACAUUGCCGCCACAUGCACUGUCCUUCGUACCUCCCCGUCCACGACUCGUCUCGAUAAUACGUUCUAUAGAUCCUUUAGAGGACACAAGCAUUGCUGAAGAUCCCCCUCGUCCGCCUUCACAUCAAGGAUCCCUACAGGCCACCAGUUCUUCCAACACGUCGCCCUCCUCGACCUCGGCGGCGCCAGUAGAGUCACAUCCUUCAUCCCAGUCGCUAGUUUCCAAUAUGCCGCCACGUAAUAGCUCCCGACUAUCUGAGAACAAACGUCCUCACAAGCGUUCGGCUUCACAAGCCGUGGAUCUAGAUGACGAGGAGGCCGAUGCUGAGGCUCCUUCUACAUCAGCAGCUGGAACCAGCAGAAAGCGGCGCAAUAUAGAUACAGCCCAAAGGCGGAGAGGGUCAGGGCAAGGCGGUCCAAGGAGUCAGGGCGAGCCGAUAGUGAUUGAGGAUCUAGAUGACGUUGAUGAGGACAGCGAGAAGGAUGAGGAGGCUGAGAAGAUGAAGGAGACUCUUCAGAGGCAACGAGAAGAGCAAGUCAAAGCAGCACAGGAGUCGGACAAGGAACCGCCAAGGUUGAAUAAGCUGCAAUGUGUCAUAUGCAUGGACUCCUUCACAGACAUGACGGCUACAAGCUGUGGCCACAUUUUUUGCCACGAAUGCCUAAUAAGUGCUCUGAAGGCCAGCGAAGCACGGAGGUUCAUGGCCACGGGAAUACACGGCAAAAAGAGUCAGUGCCCCGUCUGCAGGACGACUCUGAAUCGGAGUAAGAAGGGCGAUGUUAUCCCACUACUGAUUAUGAAGCAAGGGCUGAAGACACAGCCAAGAAAAAUGAAAGACGGGUAAGGAGCACAUGUGAAGCUGGAACAUAGUUUCCAAAGUGAUUAAGACCGUCGAAAAUCCACAUGGUCGAGAGAACAUAGACGUGGGAUAACCAGGGUGCUCGAAGUUCGAAAAAGCCAGAUUUUCGAAUUCUGUAGAGAGCCAUGAGAAUACUCAUGAUGCAAAUUCGUCAGAGCAUCUCAUGGUUGCUAUACAAGCUUAGGAUGGCUUUAAAGUGUGCAUGAAACAUUUCGAAGAACCCAUUUUUAGGAAUCUGUCGCAAAUUUUUCAAGCAGCUUCCCAUGGGACUAUUCUACUCUUUAUACGCGCGCGUCUGACAUGCAUCACAGCCGUGAGAGAGAGAUGAGGUACAUGGCAGAUGUUUGCAAGCAGAUCUUUAGGCUCAUCAUGAUGUUGUAAAUAACGCAUUGGCUAUCAUAAACUACUCUUCAGAUUAUCA